GUUACCGUUGCCGGAAAUAAGCAUUCAUGGGAUCUCCAAGAAUGACUGUUUGAAAAUUAGGUAAGGCUUGGUUCUUCCAUUUAGGGUUUCCAUGAGGCUUGAUAUCGGAGAAGCAUCUCAUCGCCUCUAUUCCUUGUUUAUUCUCGUCGGCUUCAAGAAUCUUUCGCCUUGUUCAAGUAAAGGGGAAAAGAUGUCUUCCCUUAUUGUUUUCUGUUCGUCCUCGUUGCCCUAAAUAUCGAUGAAAUUUGUGUAAGACAGAUAUUGCUCUUAUUUGUCUGAACCGGUUGCCCUCAGUUGCCCUAAGUAGUUGCUGGUAUCCCCAAUGAUUCUACGAUUGUGGUAAACAGCAUAAUUUCUGUGCGGAGUUGUUACUGUAAUGGCAGACGAUAGAUGAUAAUAAGGCUUGGAGGGUCGAAUUUUCUGAUGCCAUGGCUUCUCCAUGAGGUAAUGUUUUCGGAUUUACCACUUUCCAUUGGUUGAUCAUGAGAGGGAGUGAAUUGAAGUGAUUUUCGAGACCACUGUGUCCGUUGAAAAAAUUGUCGGGUUAAGCCAAUUGGUGAAUGGAAUGGCAUGAUUGAUAGUUUUCCCUGUUGCUUCAUUUACGCAAAGGUUUAUAGCUACUGUCUGGACUAUGGGAGCCUGUUGGGGUUCUUUUGAAUUGUUGCUUCUGUUGAGAUAUGAAGUGAGUCAAAAUUGACAAUAAAAAUUGAGCCCCUUUUAUAGUCAGCUAAAAGGAAAAACGUUUUUCCAAUUCUAUCUUCUGCUUCUAGUCUCUAGUCCGAUGCAUGAUUUAUGGCGUAUUGGCCCCUAUUGUUCUGUAUAGCUGAUGGGGUCCUAGAAUGGAACUAAGACUAGUCUAGCUGCCCUUCUGCUCUAUUUGAUCAUUUUGGUGGAAAUUCCGUGGUAUAUGCUAAUGGGGUCCUAGAUGGGAACUGAGACUAGUCUAGUUGCCCUUCUGCUCUAUUGGUUAAUUUUGGUGGAAAUUCCGUGGUAUAUGCUAAUGGGGUCCUAGAAGGGAACUAAGACUAGUCUAGUUGCCUUUCUGCUCUAUUUGAUCAUUUUGGUGGAAAUUCCGUGGUAUAUGCUAAUGGGGUCCUAGAUGGGAACUGAGACUAGUCUAGUUGCCCUUCUGCUCUAUUGGUUAAUUUUGGUGGAAAUUCCGUGGUAUAUGCUAAUGGGGUCCUAGAAGGGAACUAAGACUAGUCUAGUUGCCCUUCUGCUCUAUUAACACAUUUUGGUGGAAAUUCCAUGGUAUAUGCUGAUGGGGUCCUAGAAGGGAACUAAGACUAGUCUAGUUGCCCUUCUGCUCUAUUAACACAUUUUGGUGGAAAUUCCAUGGUAUAUGCUGAUGGGGUCCUAGAAUGGAACAAAGACUAGUCUAGUUGCCCUUCUGCUCUAUUAGUUAAUUUUGGUGGCUACUCAAAGGUAUAUGCUAAUAGGGUCCUAGAAGGGAACUAAGACUAGUCUAGUUGCCUUUCUGCUCCACAGUUUCAGUCCCUAAAAGAAAAUUGAGUCUAGUCCGAUCAUUUUACUGAAUGGGGAAAACCAUCUGGUUGUAUGUCAGUGAGAUAAUAUGAAAGGCAACUCACUUGCUCUUGAUACCUAUUUUUCCCAAUUGUCAGUUGGUGCCUGUUGGUUUGGUUAAUGAUAUGAUGUUAAAUAGUUGGAUCCUAUAAGGGAUAUUUCUGGAUUGCCCUUUUGCCCACUUGAACAUAUCAGUUCAUAUUCUAUGACGGAGUCCGAGAAGGGAACAUGAUUAGACUUAUUGCCCUUUUGCUCCACCUGACACAUCAUUGUAUUUUUUAAUGUUCAUUCGACUCCGGGUCCUUGAAGAGAAUUGUGCCUAGUCCCGCUUGCUCAUCUUCCUAAACUAUCAGAACUCUUAGAACUAGAUGCUUGUGGUGCCAAAAUUGUUUCAGAUAUGAACUAUGCUGCGAGUGAACAUCCUUUUGGGAUGUGGGGCGCUGGCUUGACUUUCAGAGGGAAAUUUUGAUGCUGGUCUUGUAUGGGGUACCGCUGGAUUGCCUUUUGGAAUGGAGGAUCAACCUUGAAACUUCUGUUCCAUUUUAAUACUUUGCAUUAUCCUGUUCGGUUAGUUUUUGGAAAUGAUCAUAGUACUGCGAUUAUCUUGAUUCAUUUGGAAGAGUUGGAAGAGAAUAUGGAUUUGUUGCCAUUUUUAGUCUCUGGAACUAUAGUGUCAUGUGGGAAAGCUGGGUAUCGAUCUCUGAAUUUCUUAAUGGUGUUGUGUAUCCAAUAUGAUUACAAGAGUAGGCUCUUCUUCUUGAUCAAUAUCAGAAUCCUUGUUAGAACGUCGUCCAUUUCUGAAUUUGCUGGAUAUGUGGUUUUAGUCCCAUGGUUAUGAAAAUAUAGAGAAGGCUAUAUUUGGCUAUGCUUUUGACUGCCUAUUAUGCUCUUCCUGGAGUAUAUCGAUUUAUGGCUGGAUAUGAAGGGUUUUAUCCUUCUUUUUAUGGUUUUAUACUCUUCAAUAGGUGCAAUCAAUGGGAGUAUGCCCUUGAAGUACUCUGUUGCCUGUAGGGAUUUUGUGCCGAAUGGUUGCUUGUGUUGGGAAUUCUGUGUUCAAUAAUAUAUUCAUCCCUAAGUCCGAGUCCAAAUUUGAUCACCUUGUUUAUCACGACUUCCCUAUUUUGUCCCUGUCUUUAGUCUCGAAGCUCUAAUGGUAAAAAUUAAUUGUUAUAGUGUUGGCUUGAAUGAUUUUGUGCUAUCCAUUCAUAUGAGAAGGGGAAUUAAGGGUACGUGAAAGUUAUGAUGUGGUCCCAGCAGAGAGCGAUGUGCUAGUGUAGCUGCUCUUCUGUACAAUCUAUUACUUCUGCCUAUCAGGUGCUUUGCCCACGCAUCUUUUGAGGUCCUUGCUAAUGUGGUCCUAGAAGGGAACUGUGGUUAAUCCAAGUUGCCCUUCUGCCAUGACCAUGUGGUUCUUGAAAGUAAUGUUAAUGUAUUUGGGGUUCUAGAAGGGAACCAUUUUUGGUCUGUCCAUUCAUACGAGAAGGGAGGAAUUAAGGACGUGUUGUUAUUCUUAUGUGAAUUGCAUCCUUAUUGGUCUUUCUUGUGCAUUGUUUGCAGCCUCACAGAUGGCCAAGAGGCUGCAUAAGAUUAAGUACCUUAUUGCAAAGGAGGCAGCAUUUUUCUAUGGUCAUUAUUUUGUCACUAUGGAUCUUCAAUGGAGGAAGUAAAUUGGUUUCUUAGUGAUUAGGUGCCUCACGGGUGUCUAAAUCUAAAGUGAUGCGCUUUAGACUUUUGUUUGUCUUGAUGUGUGUUGUAGUGGAGUGAAAAAUGUAGGAUGAAAUCUCUGUGAAUAACCUGGGCAUGAGUAACUUGCUUUUAAAGAGAUAAAGUCCAAUGGGAGGUUGAGGGCCGUGUUGCUGUUAAUUUUCUGCGAGCUUUUGGAAUUUUUGGUUAUUGCGCUUGAUUCCCUGAAUUAAAUUUCCUGGAGAUCGUUUUAAACUUUUAGAGUGUUGUGACUCAAAGGUUUCCUUCCUGGUGGAUGGUAUUUAGCAUGGGUUUCAUUGGUUUCGUCCUCUUGCCAAGUUCGGUGUCCUUGUAUUCAGUAUCAAUGUGUUCAGCUGCAUAUUAAAGAAUUCAGUCCCGAUGCAAACAAUAAAUUCAUUGAUGGAAUAACAACAAAUUGGUCCUCUUGAGAUUACAUGUGGACCUCAUAGAUGUAGAUGGAUAUCGGCAGUUCAAGCAAGGCUGCAUAUGAGACUUGCUAUGUUCUUUCUAGCUCAGUUCAUCUUGUAGUCUGACUUGAUUCAGUGCAAUAUUUUUCUAGUUGGUUUCGUCUAGGGAUGAUGGAUUGGUUGUUUUUGAACUUCUCAUGAUAAGGAGCCUUAUUCUACUUGAUAACUAUCUUGAUAAACAACAGAGGUGUUGGGCUAGAAGCUUCAUUUGGUUAUUUUCUUUAGCAUUCCAGUGCAAGUAAAAUGCUCCCAGAUACAAGAAACAAAGUUGAUAAGACCAAUGUGCUCGAUUGAUGUGUAAAACAUAUGUCAUUUGCGAGUCUUAGGAGGGACGCAAUCAGAAUUAUGCUCCAAUUAUGUGAUCUCAGAAAAGGAGUAAGCUGAGGCAUAAGUUUUAUUUUUGUGGUUCUUGGCAUUCAUGUGAGCUAUUUAUUUCGUUUGACUGCUGGCUUUUUCUACUUUUAGGUUUUAUUCAAGAGUUGGAAUAUCAAAACAAUAUUGGGAAAGAGUUUAUAGGUUUUAUUCCUUGCGACUAAUGGGAAAAAUACAAUGUUUAAUUCUUUUAAGCUUGGUUUAAAGUAAGUGGGUUGUUGUUGCCUGAAUGGUUGCUUUCAAUGCUUAUCUAUCCUUUGGAACUCAGGGUCUUUAUGUUUUGCAGACAUGUCUAUGGUUAUGGCACCGUAUACUAGCUCAACUUGUAGGUGAUAGCUUUUGGAAGGUUAGUACAUCUGGUGCCAGUAUAGUUCCUACUCCACAUAGUACCUCAAUUCUCCUGGCCUCUGGUGAUAAUUUGGAGGAAAUAGUACAUCUGGCGUCCGUUUGGUCGUUGCUCUAUAAAGAACCUCACACUCCUGGCCUCCUUUACAAUGUCUGUUUUAGAAAUUUCUCGAUUGGAAGAUCUAUUGUUUUGGAUGGAAAGUUAGCUACAAUUCUAUGGAUCAACAAUUAGAUGGACUUCCCUUUUGAAUAACAACAUUAUUAUCAAUUCUGAUUUGGAGUGUUAUAAAUCCUAUAGAUCAUGCUUUGGAGUGUUCAGAAGAACAUGUAGUUCUUUAUGCUGUUGGUUUCAUCAGAUUCUGGUAGCCUUCUAUUGAAUAUGGCUCAGGACAUUGAGUUCUCUUGUUGUAGCCUUUCGGUUUUAUUUUACCUCAUUUGAUGAAGAAUGUACAUGGUGAAAUUCUUCAGGUUUAUAAGAUAACAAUUAGGAGACUCUUAACAGUAUGGAGGUGGUGGUGUGUGGGCAAUACAAUUAUUGCAGUUCUGCCGCCUUGUUACAUUUACUGCUUCCAUUUCCUUUAAAUGGGGUAUCCUACUAAAUUUUCCAUGUCAGAUUAUCAUUCGAGUCUUAUUGUUUUCUAUUGACCUAUCACUCGAGUCUUCUUUUUUAUCUGUGGCUUUUAUGGAGUAUUGCUGGUGAAUUGAAUAUGAUGCUUCCCGUGGUGCCCUUUUUGGAUGCGUUUUGUUUGUUUCCAUUGAUGUCAUCAUCUUAGUUUUUAAACUAUACAUGGGAAGGAGUGUUUAUGAAACAAAGAUUUGGAACAAGGGCCACAUGGUGGUUAAAACCAAACUGGGUGGAGUUGCACCUGCAUGCCUUGAUUGCCCCUGAUGCCAUGGAUCUUUCCUGUGUAUUACCGUGUCCUUCUAAAGCCUCUGGAAUCGUUGUUAUUUGAGGAUCAAGCAAAUUAAGAAAGAUGAUAAUAUGUGGCUGUGUUCUUGCAAAUCCCAGUCAUGUUGUUAUAUUGCAAACUGGGUGGAGUUGCACCUGCAUGCCUUGAUUGCCCCUGAUGCCAUGGAUCUUUCCUGUGUAUUACCGUGUCCUUCUAAAGCCUCUGGAAUCGUUGUUAUUUGAGGAUCAAGCAAAUUAAGAAAGAUGAUAAUAUGUGGCUGUGUUCUUGCAAAUCCCAGUCAUAUUGUUUCAUCUCAUGUAGCUCUUUGUUGUUGUAGCAACUAGUUUAAACUAUAAAAGGUGUAUACUCCAUACGAGAGAAGAGGCUGGUAGCAUGGUGUUAAGCAUGAAGGUGUUGAAUCUUGAUUAUGCAGAAGUUUCUAUUUAUUUCAGCGUGAGGUAUUGCAUGCAAAACAGUCUGCAUUUUAUGUUAGUAAAUAAUGGCUUACUAGCCAGUACUCCUUUGUAGUUAGGCACCUUAGUGCUUUUAAAACCUGUAUCGUUGCACUUUUAGGACCUUUUCUAUGUUAGUUUCCUAGUAGUGAAAUGGCGGAAACUAGCAAAGGUGAACCUUGAUUGGUUUGGCUCAUCUUAGUUACCUUCUCAGUCUAUCAUUUUGGUCGUGCUCUCUAAGAUGAGGUAUAUUCCAAUGGGUACUAGAAAGAAAUUCUGAAUGUAUGAUGGGACUUGGUUGUUUCUUCUACCCGUCUGACAUACUGGUUGGUGCUCAUCACCAUUUCGGCUAAUGGGUUCCAAGGACUUUUUCUAUAUUGGUAACCUAACACAUUGCAGUGAAGCGUCUGGAAAUAGCAAAGGUGAACAUUGAUCGGUCUGGCUUAUCUUAGUUGCCUUCUUCGUCUAUCAUUUUGGUCGUGCUCUCUAAGAUGAGGAUAUUCCAAUUGGUACUAGAAAUGAAUUAUGAAUGUAUGAUGGGACUUGGUUGCUUCUUCUGCCCGUUUGCCAUACUGGUUGGUGCUCAUCACCAUUUCGGCUAAUGGGUGGAGUGCAGUGGAGUGGGAAAAUGAUGUGCUUUAGACUUCGUUUGUCUUGAUUUGUGUUGCAGUGGAGUGGUAAAAUGAGGAUAAAACCACUGGGAAUCAAGUGGGAAUUAGUAUUUUACUUGCUUUUAAAGUGACAAGUUCAAUGGGUGUUUGAGGUUCGUGUUGCUAUUAAUUAUCCGUGAGCUUUAGAAUUGUUGGCUAUUGAGCUUGGUUCCCUGAAUUAUAUUCCAUGGAGAUAAUUUUGAUUUCUCAAGAGUUGGUGUUAAGCAUGGGUUUCAUUGGUUCUGUCCUCUAUAACCAAGUUUGGUGUCCUUGUACAUAGUAUCAAUGUGUUUAGCUGGGUAGUUAGUUGUAUAUUAAAGAAUCCUGUGCCAAAGCAAACAAUCAAUUCAUUGACAGAAUAACAACUUGAACCAUUGAGAUUAGUAUGGACUUCAUAGAUGCAGAUGGAUUCUGUCUAGAUGCAGUUGGAAGUUCAAGCAAGGCUGCAAAUGAGACUUGCCAUAUUCUUUCUAGCUCUCUGUUCAUCUUGUAGGCUUUCUUGAUUCACUGCAAUAUUUAUUAUCUAGUUGGUUUUGUCUGGGGAUGGGUAGGUUGAUUUUGAACUUAUCAUGAUAGCAGCCUAUUCUACUGCAAACAACAAAGGUGCUGGGUUGGAAGAGGUUGCACUAUAUUGGUAUGUUCUUUAGCAGUGCAGUGUCUCCCGUGCAAUAGGUAAUAGCAAUUGGAAGGUUAGUACAUAUGGUGCAGUCUAGUUCCUGCACUACAUAGAACCUCACUUUCCUUGCCUCCGGUGACAAUUUGGAGAAAAAGGGUAGUACAUCCGGUGCCCUUCUAUUGAAUAUGGCUCAGAACAUUGAGUUCUCUUGUGGCACAUGUGCCUUUUGCCUCUUCAUUUUUACCUUAUUCGGUGAUUACUUAUGGUUGAAGUAUGAACAAGGUAAAAUUCUCCAGUUUUAUAAGGUAACAGUGAGGGAACUCUAACAGUAUGGCAGUGGUGGUGUGUGGGCAAUUCAGUGAUUGCAGUUCUGCCACACUUUUACAUUACCGCUUCCAUUUCUGGGUUUCGGUCUUAUUGUUCUCUAUUGACCCUUCUAUUAUAGUCGUAGGAGGCAGCUGUGCUUAUUCUUGAUCUGUGGCUUUUUUGUGGAGUAUUACAGCUGAAUUCAAUAUGAUGCCCUUUGGUUUCGGCCUUAUUGUUCUCCAAGACUAAAGUACCAUUUUGGAUGUGAUAUGUUUGUUUCCAUUCCCAUCGAGAUCAUUGUAGUCCUUAGACGAUAGAUGAGCAGGAGUGGUUUUGAAAGCAAGAGUUGGAACGGGGCUUCAUGGGGGGGGGGGGGGGGGGGGGGGGGGGGGGUCAAAACCAAGCUGAUGGAGUUAAUCUGCAUGCUGUGAUUGCCUCCAUGUCAAUUGUUCUCAAGUGGUCCGGAUUCAAGUUAGUGGGUUUCUGUAUUGGAUGUAUAUCGUCUAGCAUAUGAGUUUCAUUUGGAUACUAGCCUUUUUUUGCCUACUUAAUGGCACAAACAACGAAACAGACGUUGAGGAAUCGCAUAGAGUAUAACGUCUUUCUUGUUUGGCCAUAGCUGUGCAUUUGUGGAUGUUUACGUGCAGCCUUUGGACUAUAAGAGGGAGGAUGGGUAUGUCCUGGAGCUAUCAUUUCAAAUGUGAUUUCCCUGUCAACUGCUUUCAAAGUGUUCGUAGUAUUGGGAGUUCGGUGGUGGUAUUAUUCUUUGUAUAUUUGUGAUGAAGCUUGGCCUCUAAGCACAAGUCUCGUUUUGUGCGGCCACAUUUUCUUGAUAUGGGUUUCCAAAUUCUAACGGACUGAAUCUGUUAAGGAAAAGCGUCUCCUUCAAGAGGUAAAUCUUGAAUGCGGGGUGGAACUCGGUCCUGGUGCUUCUGCAUGAUAUAAGCUCAAAUAGUUUUGUAGCCUCAUACUGCGUUUACCAUGUGGAUGAUGCUUUUGAAAUAUUGAUUUUCAGGGUGUCAGAUAUUGAACUAGCUAAGCAUGUUGCUUGCAAUGAUGUCAUGGGUUCGAACUGGAGAUUCUAAGUCCACCUCUUGUUUACGGUUUCAGAUGCCUUGAUCUUGAUAGUGGAAUGGGCAAAUUGGUCUAUGUGCUGACUCCAAUAAUCUCAUUUGGUGAAGCAGGAUGUUGACUUCUGAUUGCUUGUAAUGGUUCUGCGGAAGUAAGAAGGUUAGGCUACGUAGUUGAAUCCAAUGUGGUCAUUGCAUCUAAUUCUAAUUCUGCCUCUAUAUCGAAUCCCUGCUUCCACAUGUUGCCCUUUUGAAUUCAGCUCUAGUUCUCAGAUCAUGGAAGGAUAAUAAUGGUUUUGAAAACAAGAGUUGGAAUUAGCGCCUCAUGGGCAUGAAGAUGGAGGGAUCGGGUUGCAUUUGGCUGCUGUGUUUGCAUGAAGCCAUGGAUCCUCAUGUAUUCUUUUUGUUUACUGGUAGCCAGUUCUGAGGCUGAAUAAGGUUUUGACCUUACUGCAGAGGAGACUUCAUGUUCCCUUGCUCAACUCUUCGACUUCAGUUGGUUCCCGGUUCUGUUCGCUUUUCGGGGUGAUUUUUGGCCUGGACCUCCAGUGGUAGUUCCCUCUUCUUUGUUAGGCCAUAGAUGCUCAUUUGUUAAGUUCUUCAGAAUUAAUGACGCCAGCGUUUGAAUAUGGACCCCAAGGACAAUCAUGUUUGAUCCUUGUGUUUCCUUUCUCUUCAUGUGGAGGUGCUCACUACUUAGUCCUUGUGUUUCUUUUUUCUUCAUGUGGAGGUGCUCAAAUCUGUUCAGGCAAACAAUUUCAAUCAAAAUCUGGAUGGCGAGGCCUUGAGAAUAUUUGGAACUGAUUUAAGUCCGGUUGCUGCAGUUUCUGUAGCUAGGUUGUGAUGAAAACUACGAGAAGCGGAUGUUGAUUUGAUAUUUUUGGGUGGUAUGGCGCUGUGAGUAACUCUGCAUACCUAUUAAUUUAUAGUUGCUAUCCUCCAAUGUCGUUAACUGUAUCUGAAUUUGCUUAUGGGGAUGGUACAGUGCUGAAAACAAGUUUUCUUGGGUCCUCCUUGUUAGAAACCCUAGCCUUUGGUAUCAUAUUGCAAAUCCAUUGGGAUAAUGGUUGGGAAAGUUAGAGGAUCCAUCCCCCACUAAAUAUAUUUGUUGGACAAUUCUCUAUCGAUGCCUUCUACUGCAGUCUUAGAAGUUGGUUGUGCUUGGUCUUGAUCUGAUGUUUUCGCGUUGAGAAUUAAAAGCCGAAGUGAAUA